CUGUGCUGGGGCAGGUGCUCUCAACCCACCUCCCAGGCUGCCCAUCUGGCACUUUAGGAUGGGUGGGCCUGGGGGAGUGGGAAGUGAAUCUGGGGUCCCUGAGGCUGGUCUAUAAUGGGAGGGCUUGAGGGGACCAGCACCCUCUCAUGCCCACCUCUCCUUCCACACACCCGCAGGAGCCUGAUGCCACGCACCCUGGACGGGCAGAUCACCAUGGAGAAGACUCCCAGCUACUUUGUGACUCUCGAGGCCCCUCGCCGCAUCCACAGCAUGUCCCCGGACACGAAGCUGAUCGUGGUGGUUCGCAACCCCGUGACUCGGGCCAUCUCCGAUUACGCCCAGACGCUCUCCAAGACCCCGGGCCUGCCCAGCUUCCGAGCCCUGGCCUUCCGCCACGGCCUGGGCCCUGUGGACACGGCCUGGAGUGCCGUGCGCAUUGGCCUCUACGCCCAGCACCUGGACAACUGGCUUCGAUACUUCCCUCUGUCCCACUUCCUGUUUGUCAGCGGCGAGCGCCUGGUCAGUGACCCGGCUGGAGAAGUUGGCCGAGUGCAGGACUUCCUGGGCCUCAAAAGGGUCGUCACGGACAAGCACUUCUACUUCAAUGCCACCAAGGGCUUCCCCUGCCUCAAGAAGGCCCAGGGGAGCAGCCGCCCCCGCUGCCUGGGCAAGUCCAAGGGCCGGCCCCACCCCCGGGUGCCCGAGGCAGUGGUCCAGCGUCUGCGGGACUUCUACCAGCCCUUCAACCGCAAGUUCUACCAGAUGAUCGGCCAGGACUUUGGCUGGGACUGAGAGGCCAGGCCAGCCCACGCCCUGUCUGGGGAAACUCAGUAACCUUAAUUUAUGCCCGUCGCCCAGCCGAAGCAGGCUGUGUGCACAUGCUGGGUAGAGAGAACUAUUUAAGAAAUAAAGUCUGGAACUGUG